CUGAUGACACAAGGAUUGUUUGGAUUCAGCCCUCUGCCUUCUCCUCAGGGCUCUCCCUUCCUCAGUCUGCUCAUCCCACUAACAAGGGGGGAUUAUGUUUUUUUUCACCUGCAUUUGAAUGUGUCCACUUCUUUUCUCCCACUUUCAGUGUAAUACCUGGUUGGAGGAGUUGGAGGUUGCUUCUACAGAGCAGCAUUGGACCCAGCGGGAGCUCCAUCACUGAGCUGAAGAGGCAGCAGACAGGGACAUUUGGGAGAAGAGGAGGAAGAAGGAACCAUGGGUGCGAAAAAGGAAGAUGUGGAAAACUUCCUUAAAGGGAACCCUGCAUUUGCUCAACAGUACUUUGCCAAGAAAAUGAAUCCUUCUUCUGUAGCGAAGAUAUCAGGACUCCCAGAGAAACAGGUUGAUUUCAGUCAGUUUCAAGAGCUCAGUCAGGUUGAAGAAAGCCAAAUCAUGUACGACCUGAUCAAAGACAUGCAAGAAAACAUCAACGUGGAAAAGGUGGUUUUCAAGAUCCUGAAGAGAAUCAGCGCACUCAUCCACGCCGACCGCUGCAGUUUGUUCAUGUACCGGCAGCGAAACGGCAUCGGAGAACUCGCCACGAGGCUCUUUAACGUCAACACGGAGUCAGAGCUGGAGAACUGUGUGGUGCCACCAGACUCUGAGAUCGUCUAUCCGCUUGACAUGGGUAUAGUGGGCAACGUGGCCCUGACCAAGAAGACUGUUAAUGUGAAAGAUGUCAAACAGAACCAGCAUUUCAGCUCAUUCGUCGAUGAACUCACGGAGUAUGAGACCAAGUGCGUUCUGGCUACACCCAUCCUCAACGGCAAAGACAUGGUGGCCGUGAUCAUGGCGAUAAACAAGACCACAGGGCCUCAUUUCACUGCUGAGGAUGAAGAUCUUUUUUUAAAGUAUCUGAAAGUUGCCUCUUUGAACUUGAAGAUCUACCACCUGAGUUACCUCCACAGCUGUGAGACACGUAAAGGACAGUUGCUGCUGUGGUCUGCCAACAAGGUAUUUGAAGAGCUGACAGACAUCGAGCGACAGUUUCACAAAGCCUUGUACACAGUCCGAGCCUACCUCAACUGUGACCGCUACUCUGUUGGUUUACUAGACAUGACAAAGGAAAAGGAGUUCUUUGACAUCUGGCCAGUGCUGAUGGGAGAGCAGGCACCUUACUCUGGCCCCGUAACUCCAGAUGGCAGGGAAGUAAUUUUCUACAAAGUGAUUGAUUAUAUAUUACAUGGAAAAGAGGACAUCAAAGUAAUACCCAAUCCACCUGCUGACCACUGGGCUUUGAGUAGUGGACUGCCUACUUAUGUUGCUGAGAGUGGUUUUAUCUGUAACAUCAUGAAUGCUGGUGCCGAUGAGACGUUCCAGUUUCAGACAGAGCCACUGGACAACAGUGGCUGGACCAUAAAAAAUGUUCUGUCGCUGCCUAUCGUCAACAAAAAAGAAGAAAUAGUUGGUGUGGCCACGUUCUACAACAGAAAAGAUGGAAAACCGUUUGAUGAUCAGGAUGAACAGCUCAUGGAGGCUUUGACCCAGUUCCUGGGAUGGUCAGUUUUGAACACAGACACUUACGACAAGAUGAACAAGCUUGAGAACCGAAAAGACAUUGCUCAGGACAUGGUGCUGUACCACGUCAAAUGUCGGGAUGAUGAAAUUCAAAAUAUCCUGAACACCAGAGAAGUCUACGAUUGUGAACCCAGGGAGUGUGAAGAGGACGAGCUCCUAGAUAUCCUGAAAAAAGACCUACCUUCAAUGAUUAAGAAGUUUGAGAUCUAUCAGUUCCACUUUUCGGAUUUCAACUGCACAGAGAUGGAGCUGGUGAAGUGCGGCAUCCAGAUGUACUACGAAGUUGGAGUGGUCAAGAAGUUCCAGGUCCCUCAAGAGGUGCUGGUCCGUUUCAUGUACUCAGUCAGUAAAGGCUACAGAAGAAUCACCUACCACAACUGGCGUCAUGGCUUCAACGUGGGGCAGACCAUGUUCACGCUAUUAACGACAGGGAUGCUGAAGCGAUACUACACUGACUUGGAGGUAAUGGCCAUGAUUACUGCAGGAUUCCUCCAUGAUAUUGAUCACAGAGGGACGAAUAACUUGUACCAGGUCAAGUCUGGGAACCCUCUGGCUAAGUUGCAUGGCUCCUCCAUCUUGGAAAGACACCAUUUAGAGUUUGGAAAGUUUCUCUUGGCUGACGAGUCGCUGAAUAUCUACCAGAACCUUAACAGGCGACAGGUUGACCAUGUGAUUCAUCUCAUGGACAUUGCUAUCAUCGCCACUGACCUGGCUCUUUAUUUCAAGAAGAGAACAAUGUUCCAAAAGAUCGUGGACCUUUCACACACAUAUGAGGAUGAAAAGAAGUGGGUUGACUUCAUGUCACUAGAAACAACCAGAAAAGAGAUCGUCAUGGCUAUGAUGAUGACUGCAUGUGACUUGUCCGCUAUCACAAAGCCUUGGGAAGUGCAGAGCAAAGUUGCCUUGUCUGUGGCAGCAGAGUUUUGGGAACAGGGUGACCUGGAGAGGACAGUACUCGAACAACAACCCAUUCCCAUGAUGGACAGAAACAAGGCAGCAGAGCUUCCAAAGCUGCAGUGUGGUUUCAUUGACUUUGUCUGCACAUUUGUCUACAAGGAGUUUUCUCGCUUCCACCCACAAAUCCAGCCGAUGCUGGACGGCAUCCUAAACAACAGGAAGGAAUGGAAUGCUAAAAAAGAAGAGUAUGAAGCUAAACUCAAAGCCAUAGAGGAAGAAAAGGCUGCUAAAGAGGCAGCAACAGGCAACAAAGCUGCUGCGAACAACCCCAGUGGUGGAGGGUCGGGCUCCAAGACCUGCUCUGUGUGCUAGAAGUCCAAAGAACUGAGUGCAUCAUGGGGUUGCACAUAGAUGCUCAUGACGGAUUGAUCCACAGCCAGUCAACUGCUCUCUGUGCCGUGAAAAGAUGUCGUAAAGGCAUGAAGGCAGACACACGAAUGCACCACCCCGUAGUACUUCUUCAGAAACACUGGCUCCAAUCAGAGAAGAAAAACCUGAACAAGGAGAUCCUCACCAAGAAAAUUUUAUCUUAAAGGGACACUAACCAGGUGAGCCAAAAAUUAGCUCAGAACAAAGCAGGAGAUCUCCACAUCUCCAGCUCUUUUGGUAAGAUGUCACUGAGGAACAACAGAAACAGUCCUGAGUAGCUGACGUUAUCCAUGUCUUAAAAAUUCAUUGUAUUAAAAUGAGUCGAGUGAAGGAGAUUUUUGCAUUUCAGGUUUAUCUUAUCUUUAAAAACUGUUAGUUGCAACAGACGUGUGUAUGUGUGAAUGUAUGUCCUUGUUGUGAAUCAAACGUAUAGAUGACCACAACCUGUAUAUAUAUAUAUAUAUAUAUAUAUGUAUAUCUGUAUAGUAUAUAUUACAUAAGAGUGAACACAGUUUUCAUGAAAUGUUUUUAUGCCCACGCCUCUAUAGACUGCACAGAAUGUUUGGAGCUCUAUUUUUCCAUGCAUUGUGCAUUACUGUAGUUUUUAGAGAACAUUCAGUAGAGAAUGGCUAGAUUGGAAUGUCCUCCUUUACUCUUAUUCCAAACUGUUCACUCCUUCCAGUCACUCACUAUUUACAAAUGAGAGUUUGUUUACCUUGACAGCAGAGAGCCAAACAUAGAUGUUCAGUAACGCUACGGUAAGAAUGGCAACUCUUCAUAAAUAUCACCGCAGUGCAGUAGAGAUGUGUUUGCUAUCAGAAGACAGGUCUGUAGAUGCUUAUUCAUGAUGCCUUUAUACUGUAUAUAUGUGUGAAUGGGAGAGUAGGCUCAGAUGUAUUUUACAAUUAUAGUGUAACAAAUGUCUAAACAAGAACAGGUUUUAUCCAGGAAGUCAGCUGGUUCUAGAUAAAACUGAUUGUUUUUUCUUUGAAUAUGACUUCACUGUACUUGGCUGUAUUUAUGGUGAACAGAGAUAAGGGACGUCAGUGUAACCGUGAUCAAACACUGGGAUCAGCAGCUUCACUUAGACCUGUUUAAAGAAUAAAUUGUUUUACAUGAAUCCCCCACAUGAGAACUAACCUCAGCUUUGGGGCCACUCAGCCGGAGCACGUCAACAUAUAAGAGUAAUAAUUAUAGCAAACAACCAUGGGUUUGAUGUAAGAGGAAACCCAAAUAUGAAAGGAAACACAUGAAGAACAUGCAAACUCUUAAAAAGAAAAAAGACAUACAAAAAAAGGAUCAGGUCGAAGACCUCAGGACUGAUGAGCUGCGAGCCAUCAGGCUAUUCUAAUAGCAACGUCUGUAUUCAGCCCUGGAAGGCAACAAAGACACGCCUGUUUGAGACAGCGUGAAGAAGAAACAAAGCUUUUGUCUAAUGACUUGUACAUACUGCCUCCCCUCCUGUAAAUAUAGUAAGUAUGUUUGUAGUGUACAUAGAAAUGCUUAUUUUUUUAAGCUAGUAAUAUCUGUAAACUCUGGCAAAUGAGUCAUUAAGUCAGUUGUUUCUUUUUCCAUUAUUUAUUGAGUUACCAGUUUAUGAUGCUUGCCUAAAUUAAUGGAUGUUAAAGUAUUCCACAUAUGGAAUUAAGGUAUGGGUGUAUUAAAGGUGACUCUGUAGUGUUAGGGAAAUGAACCAUAAUGUGCUGUGGAUAUGCCCAUGACAUUUUUAAAUAGAUGGAGUUACUUUAGUUAGUGUUUUAAAGCUUGCCUCAUUGUGUGCUCCGUGUGUACAAUAAUCACUCAAUAAAGCAAAUGUAUUUUUAUGAGGUAA